ACCUUAGGAAUGAAUGCAUUUAAAACAGGGAGACAUUCAAAAAUUAUUAAACCUUUUCUCUUCCAGUGUAAAUAUGCAUUUUCCUUAGAAAAAUGUAACUUCAAAAAAAUUCAUAUUUGCUUAAAAAUACUUUCUGACUUUUAGCCCAAGUACUGAGUAAAAAGAAAAUCUUAAAAAUGUGCCAAGUUAUAAUUUUCUACUAACUUUUCCUGUAUUGGAUGUACUUAAUGAAGUAGUGAAAAAACUCAAAAAGUUCAUAAUUCUAUGAUUUUAGUAAAAUAGACUCCUGGUUUCACCCCAAAAGGCUCUUCUAGUAUGUUAAAAUGUUGGAGCAUAAAAAGGAAAUAGCAUUUAUCAAGUUUUUUUUCUAAUAAAAGUCACUGUACUUGUAUAUUUCUUCUAUUUCUCUGAAAUUUACAUUUUUUUUUAUAAUUAAAAAGUUUAAAGCCACACAUUAUUGAAUUUCCCCGAGGAUUUCCAAAGGGGUUAAUAAAGUAUUUUCUAUUUUCUAUUCCAUUAGAUUGUCAUCCAUUCUUUAACGUGACUAAAUGGAGAAAAUUGAAUGAAAAGUUAUAUAGUUUACCACUAGGUGGCGCUGUCCGCCAAGUUUACAAAUGUAGGCUUUACUAAACAUUUUACAGUAAAAUUCUAAAAAUAAAAAAAAAAUCAGGACUUAUAACUGGAGAAAAAGAUUAAAAUGAAAUACAUUUUUUUAAUUACAAUAUUUUUAAUGAAUUAAAAGAAGCAAAAACGGGGUUUUAAUCUUAGUAAAACACAAAUAUGGAGAACUAAUGUAUUAGAUAUGUAUAAAAAUAUAUAAUUUAAAUUUUGAUAAAGAAAGGAAACAUGAUCACAGAAGUAAUUCGGGUUUCCAUUGUUGUUGCUUCUGUUACUAUAAACAAUAUGGAAGGCAAUCACGCAUGCGCGCUGGGCAAGACUGGAUCGAAAUUACAUUUCUAUUGGCAAAGCGCGAACACACUCCCUGCGCGCGCGGCGGACUCCGAGUCCCAAAUGAAAAUGUUCAUCAUAUGUUUACCAUGACGCGGCUAAUACAGAGAUAGAGGUUUUUGUUUCCCAAACGGAGGAUUUUCCCAUGUUUUCCAGCGAGAGCCCUCCUCUUUCUGGCUCUACCUGAGGGCGCCGCCGAGCGGUUGUCACGCAGGCCGCGAUUCGGGUUCUGCUACUGGGAGGAGACGGGGCAGAUUCGCCGUCUUGCUAGCGUUAUUAGCGGACUAUGAUGCGUGGCUGGGGUAUUUUCUACGCUGCGGGGCUCUACUCAUCAAGGCAGGUCCUUGGAUAAUUGACCCAUCCCGGCAAGAAAGAAGGGGACUCGGAACCGCAGCGCACCUUUCAAGGAUGGAUGUUGACUUGUGUGCUGGUGGGGACGGUACCAGGAGAAAAGCGGAGCUUCCUGGGGCUGCAGAAGGCACGAUGGAUGUCGUCCCGUUGGAGAUGUACGACUCCGCCAGGGCUAAAAUAGCUGCCAACCUACGGUGGCUGUUUGCCAAAGCCUUCGGUAUUGACCACAUUCCAGAGGACUUGAGGGACCCCUUCUACACAGACCAGUACGAGCAGGAACACAUCAAACCUCCCGUCAUCCGGCUGCUGCUGUCCUGCGAGCUCUACUGCCGUGUCUGCGCCCUCAUCCUCAAGACGGAGCAGGCCGCCUCUCUACAGUCCCACCUGUCCGUCAUCCAGGCUCUGUCCAGGAAGGGCAUUUAUGUGGUCGAGAGCGACGAUACGCCCGUUACAGAGGAGGACCUGGCCAGCAUGCCCAUCAAAAUGAGUGCUCACAUGCCAAUGAUUGACGCCCUGAUGAUGGCGUACACGGUGGAGAUGAUCAGCAUCGAGAAGGUGGUGGCUUCUGUCAAACGCUUCUCCACCUUCAGUGCCUCGAAGGAGCUGCCCUUUGACCUGGAGGACGCCAUGGUCUUCUGGAUCAACAAGGUGAACAUGAAAAUGAGGGAGAUGACGGAAAGGGAGCACAAAGUCAAGCACCACCCCCUGGAGUCUCCCAGUCACCAAAAGUCUCCCUCCAAAUGGUAUUGGAAGCUAGUCCCUGUCCGGUAUCGCCGGGAGCACCCUUCAGGACGCCAGCUGCCUUUUUUCCCGCUACUGGAAGAUCUGAUGAGGGACGUGUGUGAUGGAGCUGCGCUCCUCACCGUGGUUCAUUACUACUGCCCAGACAUCAUGAAGCUGGAGGAUAUUUGCCUGAAAGAAGUUCCUUCCAUCGCUGACAGCCUGUACAACAUCCAGCUUCUCAGAGAAUUUGCCACCGAAUACCUGAACAAAAGCUGCUACCUGACUGUGGAGGACAUGCUCUACUCACCACUUGUGCUUAAGCAUAAUGUGAUGGUGUUCAUCGCUGAACUUUUCUGGUGGUUUGAGACGGUCAAACCUGAGUUUGUUCAGCCCAGAGAUCUGCAGGAGUUUAAAGAUGCCCGAGCCAUAGCUCAUCCCAAGAGUGCCCGCCCAUCAGUGCCCAUCUCCAACGCCACCAAGCGCAGCUUCCUGGCCAGUCCCGGCGUGGCUGACACCCAGAGCAGCCCCGAAGUCUGUAACAGGUACUUCCUGCACCCUGAAGACUCUGAGUCCCUUAAGGGGGGUCCAACCUUCAGCCCCUCCCACCCACUCCUGCCCCUGAGGCAGCGGCAGCAGAGGCAGCAAGGAGAGGACGUUUCAGGUCUGAGGAACCGUUCAAACUCCCUGACUCAGAUGGAUGCUCAUCACUCCAGAAGUUCAGGUGUAGUGUGGUCUGACAAAAGGCAAAGCCGACCUCUUUCCACCCUGAGCCCCUUCAUGCUGCAUUCAGCCACGGACAGCGAUGCCGACCGGGCUUCUGGUGACAGCGUGAGUCUGGCUCGCUCCAUCAGUAAGGACAGCCUGGCCUCCAGCAUCGCCAACGUCACCCCCAAACAUCAGGCUCCCUUCCACCAGCCGCCACAUGCAGUGUUGCGCAGAGUGAACGGCCACAGCUUGUUAGGUAAUGUUAGCAUGGAGGCUGAGGAGGAAACCAUGCUGACCGUCACCAGAACUGAUACGUCUGUCCUGCCCAGACGGGCAGAAACUGAACCAUCAGACUCCAAACCCGCAGAAGAUGGGUUUUACUUUGAACCGCUGAUGCCUGCUGUUCUGAAAACGGCUAAAGAGAAGUCUGUCUGUCUGAACAAAGAGGAGGAGAGCGGCGAGGUGCUUCGGGCUGCAGAAAGGGGCUCCUUCCGGCGAGGAGACGGAUCUGCCGCAGCUGUUCGGAGAAAAGCUCCUUUUGGUCUGAACCAAACUUUUGAGAAAGAAGAAUCGGUGGAAGAGCCGCCGCCGCAGCAGGCCAGCUUCAGACCAGCUGUCACCAGCAGCAUCGACGACUCUUCCUCCUCCAGGGAGCCGGCAGAAGGCUUUUACCUUCAUUCUGAUUCUGAAGAACAAAAGUACAGCACUGAAAUGGAAGACCUCAAUGAGGAAGACGAGGAUCUGGAUGAAGCUCUCACCACUAAAGACUCUAACUGUCCACGGAAGGAGUACAUCGAGGAGGCCGAAGAGGAAGAGUCGGCCAAGCUCCAAGAGGACAUGAAUCUAAAGGAGCACGAGGACAAAGACCUGAACGGCGGCAGCGGCCGCUCCAGCCCUUGUCUCAGCACGCACUCGCAGGCCAGCAGCCUGGCCAGUGGAAGCGUGCGCAUGACUUCCUUUGCCGAGCGGAAAGCCCAUCAGCAGCGUUUUGGCAGCAACCACGACCUGCGCUCCAGCGCCUCCAGCUCCCAGAGGACCACCCCGGACGGGUCAGAGAGCAGCGGGCCGCUCGCCUCCUCCUGGAGGCUCAAGAGAGACCAGAGCCCCUCCUCUCCGCUUGGCGGAUGCACCCGUGCAGGCGACGGUGGCGGCGGUGGCACCAACGUGCUGGCGUCAGAGAUAGUUCAGCUCCGCAUGCAGCUGGAGGAGAAGCGGCGUGCGAUCGAGCAUCAGAAGAAGAAGAUGGAAGUCCUGUCGGCGAGGCAGAGACAGAAGCUUGGCAAAGCCGCGUUUUUGCACAUCGUGAAGAAAGGCGGCGGGAAGAGCGACACUCUACCAAACCCGCUUAAAGCUGACAUCUGUAAGGAUGAGCUCAACGGAGAGAAGGAACCUUUGAGCAAAGACGACACCUGUGUUUAUGCCCUGAGAGGAGAGAAGGAAGCAGAGCAGGCCGGCUCUGUGGGGGCUUUGGAGGCAGACAAAAAAGGAAACGGUGGAAGCUUCAACCUGGACGAGGAACUGGACCUGAACGAAUGCAGCCGCUCCAUCGAGCUGCUGAACGAAGCCAUCGGCAGCAUCCAGCAGCAGAUGAUGCAGCUGUCCCUGCAGCAGGAGAUGCUGAUGAAGCAGAACACGCAGUCCCCGCCGGGUGCCGCGCCUCCCCUCCCUCACCUCACCGACAGAAACGGCAAGACGGGGGGCAGCUUUCAUUUUGUGGAGCACCACUCCAGUGCCGGGGGCUCUCAAACCAGGAAACCCCCCAAGCUGAGCUCAAGCAAGAGCUCUAGAUCCAAACCCUCAGAACUCAAGAUAAGCAAAGAGCAGAGCCGGCAGACCUCCAGGACCCCCACGCAGAGCAGGGCGGAGACGUUACCCAACCCGAGGCAGUUGUCCGGGGGCAGGUCCCCCAGGACAGACCAGCCCGACAGCCCCAGAAACCCCACAGCCACAGGGACAAUCGACAGGCCGGGGUCCGGCCACGCCAGGACCGCCUCCUUCCGCCUCCACGACGAGGCAAACAUGCGGCUGCCAACCCGAGUGGAUCUGACCUCAGUGGUCGCCACAGAAGUUCCCGUAGAAAGUCCUUUGAGACAGUCGGAGCUGAACUCUGCUGACGGGUCGGGGAAGGAGAACGUCCCGUCUGAGGAGGGGCAGCGCAGCAAGACACAUCUGAUAGAAGUGGAUCUGUCGGAGCUGAAGCCCCCCGAGGAAGACGCGGGCGCUGAGGACGGAGCGGCAGAAGAGGCCGAUGGAGAGCAGAAGUCGGUCAUGGGAUUUUUCUUUAAGGAUGAACAGAAAGCGGAGGAUGAGCUUGCUAAGAAGAGAGCGGCGUUCUUGUUGAAGCAGCAGAAGAAAGCCGAGGAGGCCCGACUCCGUAAACAACAACUAGAAGCAGAAUCUGAACUCAAACGGGACGAAGCCAGGCGGAAAGCCGAGGAGGAUCGCUUGCGUAAGGAGGAGGAGAAGACGCGGCGGGAGCUCAUCAAGCAGGAGUAUCUGCGGAGGAAGCAGCAGGAGAUGUUUGAGGAGCAAGGCCUGGUCAAACCCAAAACGCCCAAACCGAAGCAGAAACACAAACACAAGGCCGUCCUCAGAGAGGAACCCUCCAUCGAAAGCUUCUCCAAGUGUCCUUCCACACCUGAUAACUUGAUCACGGCUCAAUCAGGCUCCAGUCUGUCUUUGGCCUCCGCGGCGACCAAUGAGGCGGACAGUGUCAACUCUGGAGGCGGGGGCUCUCAGCGCUGCGACUCCGUGGAAUCGUUUCCAGGAAGUCGGAACAACAGCCGGGCUGCAGAGAGAGACUGGGACAACGGCUCCACCGCGUCCUCCAUCACUUCCAUGGCUGAAUACACGGGUCCCAAACUCUUCAAGGAGCCCAGUGCCAAAUCCAACAAACCCAUCAUCCACAAUGCAAUCUCUCAUUGUUGUCUGGCUGGCAAAGUCAACGAGCCCCAGAAGAACCAGAUCCUGGAGGAGUUGGAAAAGUGCGAGUCCAACCACCUGAUGAUCCUGUUCCGGGAUGGCGGUUGCCAGUUCCGGGCGCUCUACUCCUACUUCCCCGACACCGAAGAGAUCCAGAAGCUGACGGGCACCGGGCCCAAGAGCAUCAGCAAAAAAAUGAUCGACAAGCUCUACAAGUACAGCUCGGACCGGAAGCAGUUCACCGUCAUCCCCGCCAAGACGGUGUCCGUCAGCGUGGACGCCCUGACCAUCCACAACCACCUGUGGCAAGCCAAGAGAGGCGCCGUGCCAAAGAAGAGCGGGAAGUAGCAGGUGGAUCCGGACUCACCGCCGUCUUCAUCUCGCUUCUUUCCUGAAUGAACUGUUCCGAGGUCACACCCGGGAGACUUUGAGCAUCUCUGCCGGGGUUUGUGUGACCCAUUCCCUCUCAAUCCGAUUUCCUUUCAACCAUGACGCAAGCAUGUGGCAUUCUGUUCCUUUUUCUGGGAGGAAUCUGUUUGUUUUGCCGUUCACCUUCCAGAAACGUCUGGAUCUGGUCUCUUGAGGGGGGGUCAGACUUCUGUACAGCUUUGAAUGAACUCCAGACUUCUCUGCUGUCCCAGCGUCCAUCUCUUCCUGCGUGAACGCUCAAAUCCGUCAAAUCAAACUUGGCAUUGCCGAUUUCUGCCUCACCAGGGAUCUCUGGGCGCCCGCCGCUCCAGACCGCCGUUGUCGUCAGUCGGGGGGGGGGGGCUCCCUCAGGACAUCUGUUGGCCUUUUCACGCAUCGUGGUACUUGAGUUUAUUUAUUCAACCGCUUUUUAAACUGAUCGUGUAGCACUGGAUGUGUGUUCUGCAAAAACAUCAAAAAGGGUUAUUUUAAAGAACUUUUUUUUUUUCUAAAGCAUCCUUUUUUUAAGGGUGUUUGGGGGCGGGGCUUUGGUACAUCAAUGAUUCUUUUAGAUUUUUAAUGGAAGCGGAGCGUUGUUUCCAUCAUGCCGGCUGUUCUCUGAUGUUUAGAGCUUAGUUGUGAUUUCUCUCCACCGGGACGCUGGGAUUGUCCUGAAGAAACGUGCACUCACCAACACUCGUCUCUCCUCCUCAGUGUUGUUCUCCCGUCUUCAUCCGACGCCGGCGGGGCGCGCUCUUCCCGCCCCGACCCGUUCCGAUGACAGUAUUUGAUAUGGUGGGCGGGGUCUGUGUCUGCGCGGCGGGGUUGUGGUUCCCUUGUGUACCAACAUUAAAGAACAUUCCUCCAAAGCGUUGAUGGACGCUGCCGCCUCGUCUGUGUUCUCUCUGCAAAAAUCAAAGUGCUUUUCCAGGAAGCUCCAGAACAAGUGUUGCACGAGCACUUUCCCGCUUCACGCCGAGGGUUGAAGCUGAUCUGAAACUACUGCUGUCUCCAAAAACCACUCCACACUUGAUUUGCUGCAUUUGGAUGUUUGUGGGGGGGUGUGGUAGAUCUUGAACUGUAUGAAAGUGUAUUUUUAUGUUCACUAAAAGAUUGUAUCGGCAUUUGCUCACCGUUUUGUUACACUAGUGGACUUAUCAUCCGUGCUGAUUUUACUGUUGAUCCCAUGCCAUCUAUUUAUUUUACAAUGGAAGCACUGACAAUAUCAAUUUUCAACUUAAUAAAAGUCACGAUUUUUCAUUUUGA